AGCAAUGGUGGAUGGUGGGUGGAGCAAGUUGUCGAUACCAGUCGCGGUCGAGCAGAUAAACAUUAUUUUGACGCUUAUUACUCGGUUGGACAGUGAUUUUGCCAGUUAGACAUGAUUAUCAAGAAAGUCGCGUAUACCUAUGUAACAGUACUUACUUUGAAUUGGUGAUGUUUGUCAAAGCUCGGAGAAACCUAGCAAGGUUCAACACUGAUGCCGAUGUCGACAUCGAGACAGUCAUGCUCCUUAUCCUUCACCAUUGCGCAGGCAAGCAUAUCGAAAUCCUUAUUUUCUCCUCGCGUAGGAACUCUCUCGUUGACGCGAAACGGCGACGGUAACAUCGAUAUCGACACCCCUGGAGUCAUUGUUAAUACAUCGCGCGGCGUGGUACCUCAUCUUUCCAGAGAACAAUACAAGCAAUGUUCAAGUGUGCGCUGGGUACACGUUCCAUUUGAGACUUUUCUAGAGCAUAAACCUCCCGUCCCGACACUGCAGACCGGACAGGACCCUCUUCAUCGUUUUCUUGGAUAUCCUUCUGACAAAUGUGUAGUCUCGAUGUCCCUUCGAGAUCCUCACGAUGGACGAGAGGUGCCUUCGAACGGAAAUGCCUUCGUCUCAGCCAAUACCAUCCGUGGCGUUCGUAAGGUUUCACCAGACGAGUGGCGAUCAUAUGCCCUCGCCUGCAAACCUGAUAUCGUCGUCCCUCUGUCUGAUACCCCUUUCAAUCCAUCACCGUAUUCUCAGAAACGACUAACCAAAAGCAUUGAGCGGUCAUUCACUUGGUUAACUCACUUCCUUCAACCCAUCGAGGGUUCACAUCCGUUCAAUGUAUUUGUCCAUCUCGCAGGUGGAGCCAGCAUCGCGGCGCGAACGGCUUUUUCUGAGAGUCUUCUCGAGACCCUGCAUGGCAAGGAUGCGGACAUGGUCAAGCCACUGAAGUCACUGGAUGAAGGCGUCACAGGGUACCAAUUGGACCUGGUCCCACUUCGCCUGGCCUUGUCCGGAGUCAUUAAUAUCGAUACAUCUCCUGUUACGACAGAUCCUGGCAUCAAAACAUCCGACAUCGUUCCCUUACUACGCUCAUCACUGUUCCCUCUACCGACCCAUAAAAUUCGUCUCGUGAACUCUUCGAAGUCACCUCAUGAGAUGUUGACCUUAAUUCAGCAAAUUGGGGUAGAUCUUUUCGAUGCUCAGUGGGCUCAGAGGGCCGCUGAUAUCGGAAUAGCGUUGGAUUUUAGCUUCCCUGUAGGUAAUUGGGGAACUCGGCGGCGGUCGAAUGGGAAACAGGACCUUGGUCAUAAUCUUUUCGAUCCAUCAUAUGCAGAAGACUUCGCUCCAUUAGCAAACUGUUUUAUCGGAGAAGCGACUCGCAACGGUGAUGUGCCUGUCUGUAUGUGCGGGGCCUGUUCACCUCUAUCCCCGCAUACACGGAUAAGCCACUCCUCAUUAGAUGAGAGUGCACCAAAUGGCGGUGAGGUUGGACAACCGUUCACACGAGCAUAUUUACAUCACCUGCUGCAUACACAUGAGAUGUCGGCACACUCGUUAUUGGUUCUUCAUAAUCUCGCUGUUCUCGAUGCCUUUUUUGCUGGCGUACGGAAUGCCAUCCGGAGUCUCGGCAACGAGACAUUUGAUCUAGAGAUCUCGAGAUUCUUCCAGGAAUAUGAUGAAGAACUGCUGGUUUUCAGCGAAUCAGAAGCCAUGUGGGGCGAAGUUGAGAUGGCACGGGGAAAGGGACGCCUUACUAGAGAGAAAGCGAAGCAAACAACUGUAUGAAGGAUGUUAUUACCCUUCAUCUUCAUAAUGCCCUAAUGGUCCUAUGCUACAGCAGUAUCUGAAAGUCUCAUUCUGCCUGGCGGCCGUA